GCUGCAGCUCACAACUUUUUUCCGUAAUGUGAGUGUAAGUCUUUUUGCUAUUAUGAUUUACAAUAUACAGCUGUCUUAGCACACAAAAGGAAUUCCUCAUUUCUCUAUCCUCACACGUAUUCGGUGAGCGGCAUUUUUUUUGCCGGUGCCUGUGAUUCUGGUUGUCAUGGCACGGUGACGUCUCCGUGAUCCUUUUGCCCAUUGUCCCCAUACCUUCUUUUUUUUUUCUCUAUAUACUUUUUUAUUUGUAGCAUUUCCCGUGUAGGUUGUAGACAACGUCUUGAUCUCCUCAGCCGCUUCAAGAGGAAAAACCGUUUCGUACUUCUAUCGCUGCUUUCCCAAACAAUUGCGUUUGUAUUUGGUUAGCCAGCACGUUUCAGUCGUUUCUCUUUCUCUCAUUUCAGCUGCGACUCCCUCUCCCUUUCCUCUUUGUUUGUUUGACGUGCAGAGCUGUGCCGCUUGCUGUGCGAGUCACCUAGAGUUCAUUACUGCUAUCAACAAGAAGCAUUCAUCGUGUAGAUACACAAACAUCACACACCUUUCACAGCUGCGGGUUUCUUUUUCUUGGGGUUUUACGUUCAGAAAACCUUAUAAUUGAUUCUUGGCAGACGGAGUAAUGCGGCGUCCUCAGCCCACCAAAACCACGCUGGCCGACGAAGACGUCCCUGAGCUGGUCGGCUUGCCCGAUGGAAUUUCGAGAUGGACGGGCGAUAGCAUCAAUGAUCUGCGGCAGUACGCUCGCACCGGUGGCGCCGACACAGGCAUGGAGGACUUCGAUAAGAAGCUGUGCCGCACCAUCGACAUCCUCGGUGCGCGCAGCCAGCGUGCGCAAGUGAUCAGCACCGCCCUCACCUCUGUCGCACGGCUGCGGGAGAACAAGUCGUAUCGGCUCUACUUGCUCACUAAGGACCACCGCGGUGUCGGUAUUCUGAAGAUGGGCGUCAAGAAGCUCUUCGUGACGCACCCACAAACGCGCUCGUUGGUUGAGGUAGACCCGCUCUGUGUGCUGGACAUCUACGUGGAUGAGAGCUGCCAGCGCCACGGCUGCGGGAAGGCGCUGUUCACGCACAUGCUCAAGGCGGAGGGUGUUCGCCGGCCGGAGACGCUGGCGAUUGAUCGGCCGAGCCCUAAAAUGCUGGGCUUCAUGAAGAAGCACUACGGCCUGUCGGCGUAUAGUCCGCAGGUGAACAACUUCGUGGUGUUUGACCGCUUCUUCGAUCACACGAGCGUCACCGAGCGUGGAAGGCUGAUACGGGCGACGGUGUCCCCCAUUUGUGACGAGAACGCACCCCCAUCGUCUUCUACUGCUGCCGUGUCCGGCGGCGCCCGCGUGGCAAAAAACAGGAAGCCCGGGUAG